AUGGGUCUCCCGCAUCUUUUCUUCUCUCGUCACAAAUCAUCCUCGCAUUCCAAAUCCAAGUCUACCAAAUCUUCCUCUCCCUCUCCCUCUCCCUCUUCUUCCUCUCCUUCUUCCUCUUCUCCUUCGCCUUCCCCCUUGUCCACUUCUUCUUCUUCUUCUUCUUCCUCCUCCUCCCCGUCUUCCUCUGCGGCGACUUCCACCCGAUCCACUCCACUCUCGUCUCCCGCCUCCUCUCCUCCUCCUCCGCCGGUGGCGACCAAAUCUUUUCCUACUCCUCCUCCUUCCUCAACUCCUCCCUCCACUCGACCUCCCCCUCCUCUUCGGGCCAAGACUGUUCACUCUUCUUCUUCCUCUCGACACUCUCACUCUUCCUCCGCCGGUUCUCCCCCCGUCUCGUCGACACGUGCUCCGCAGUCGUCAUCGGUUCCAGCCUCGACUCAGCACCCUUCCAUUCCGCGCAAACCCACCACUGCUCGUCCGACUCACCACAGUCGCUCCUCCUCCACCCCCUCCAAGUCAGCCUCCGUUCGGACUAAGUCAGUCUCCGGUCCUCGUGCGUCGCUGUCUGCCGUCCGGAAUCGAUACACCCACGACCCCGAUUUCCACCCACUUAACCUUCAUCCCGACGAACUCCGUCAACUUUCCGCAAUGGCUGCUGCUCGCGAAGAAUCCCGCACCCCAAUGGAUGUCGACACCAAUGGCGUCAACGGCAAGACCGAACGGAACCCUACGCCGCCUCCCCACCGUUCGAACGGCAACACUGCCGAGGCGGACAACUUCAAGCUGGCCGGUAACAAAUUCUUCAAGGAUGGCAACUACACACGCGCUAUUGAGGAGUUCAACAAGGCCCUCGAGAUCAGCCCCGACUCGUCCGUCUACCUGUCCAACCGCGCGGCCGCCUACAUGGCCGCUAACCAGUACCUAGCCGCUCUGGAGGACUGUGAGCGCGCCCGCGAACUCGACCCCACCAACACCAAGCUCAUGUACCGUCACGCCCGCAUUUUGGUCAGUCUGGGUCGUCCGACCGAGGCUCUCGAUGUGCUCUCCCGCGUCGAGCCCCCCGCUUCCGCUACCGACAAGGCUCCCGCCGAGAAGAUGCUCCGGUUUGUCAAGCAAGCCGAGGAGGCUUUGGCUGAAGACCGUGGUGUGUCGAUGGUGCUGUUCUGCCUGGACCAGGCGCGUCAGAUGCUGGGUCAGGGUGUCAAGGAGCCUCGCAAGUGGACGCUGAUGACGGCCGAGGCGCACUUGCGCAUGGGUAACGACAACUCCUUCGGCAAGGCCCAGGAUAUCGCCAUUGGCAUGCUGCGCGAGAACAGCCAGGAUCCCGAUGCGAUGCUGAUCCGCGCCCGCGCGUUCUAUGGCAUGGGCGACACCGAUCAGGCGUUGAAGCUGCUUAAGAUGUGUCUGGGUCUGGAUCCCGAUAUGAAGGCGGCCAUCAAGAUGCUGCGCACCGUGCAGAAGUUGACGCGCACCAAGGAAGAGGGUAACACUGCUUUCAAGGCCAAGGACUAUCGCAAGGCCAUCGAGUUGUGGACCGAGGCCGUCCAGGUCGACCCCAAGAACAAGGACCAGAACGCCAAGAUUCUGCAGAACCGCGCCCAGGCCUAUAUCAACUUGAAGGAAUACGACAAUGCGGUCAAUGACUGCACGGAGGCUCUGAAAUUGGACCCCAGCUAUCUCAAGGCACAAAAGAUUCGUGCUAAGGCUCAUGGCGGUGCUGGUAACUGGGAGGAAGCCGUGCGCGAUUACAAGGCUGUCGCUGAGACGAACCCAAUGGAGAAGGGCAUCCAGGAGGAGAUCCGCCGGGCUGAGUUCGAGCUGAAGAAGGCACAGCGCAAGGACUACUACAAGAUCCUCGGGGUUUCCAAGGAUGCCUCCGAGCAGGAGAUCAAGAAGGCUUACCGCAAGAUGGCCAUUCAAUACCACCCCGACAAGAACCCUGAUGAUCCUACUGGUGAGGAGAAGUUCAAGGAGAUUGGCGAGGCUUAUGAGACUCUGAUUGAUCCUCAGAAGCGCGCCUCUUACGACAACGGUGACGACCUCGUUGACCCGGCUGACAUGUUUGGCCGCGGCGGCAUGGGAGGUAUGCACGGCUUCGGAGGUAUGGGCGGCAUGGGCGGCAUGGGCGGUAUGGGUGGUAUGGGCGGUAUGGGUGGCACCCAUAUCAACAUCGACCCCAGCGUUCUCUUCAACAUGAUGAACGGCGGAGGUGGCUUUGCUCAAGCCGGUGGCCAGCGCGGCGGAGGUUUCCCUGGAGGAUUUUCCUUCUAA